AUGGCUUCUUUUCGCGAAGCACGAAUUGCCCUUUUGGACGCCUACAUGGACGGUCUAUUAGAUGACGACGAAUUUCUAGUACUUUGGCAAGCACACAAGUCAAAGAACCCCGAGUUCCCUUAUGAAGAACAUGGCCGAUUUUCCUUCGACGAACUUGACGAAGCAGAAUGCAAAGCCGAAUUUCGAUUUGAGACGAGAGACCUACCAGUCCUUGUCAACGUUUUGGGUAUCCCCAACCAGUUUACUUGUUCGCAGCGUACUGUUAGUGAUGGGAUGGAAGGAUUGUGCAUGGUGUUGCGAAUAAUGGCGUACCCUUGCCGCUACAGCGACCUUAUUCCCCGGUUUGGUAGGCCAGUUCCCGUCUUAAGCAUGAUCUGUAACUGCGUAAUUGAUUAUAUUUACGAUUCGCACGUACAUCGCCUCACUUCAUGGAAUUCCCAGCUGUUGGACCCUGCCUCUCUUCAGAUGUAUUGUGAUGCAAUUUCUAGGAAUGGUUCUCCUCUCGACAACUGCUUCGGGUUCAUAGAUGGCACGGUCAGACCAGUAUGCCGCCCUGGUGAGCAGCAGAGAGUGCUCUACAAUGGCCACAAGAGGGUGCACGCCCUAAAAUUUCAAGAGGUUGUCUUACCAUCGGGAAUGAUAGCCCAUAUGUAUGGCCCAGUAGGUAAGUUAAAUGAUAAAUUACAAACAGUUAAUAAACAACAAAAUAGUGCAUAGGUUCAGAUGUACGGUGCUACAAGGAGAGCAAUUCUUAAGGCUGGAGAUCAGAGAAAGUCAAGUUUGAAAUUGAUUCAGUACUUGCACUGCAAUAUGAUUGACUAAUUUGAAAAAAAAGCACCCAUCUCUUUAAAUUGUUCCUUUCUGUUGUUUCUACUGCAGAAGGCAGAAAGCAUGACGCGGGGAUGUUAGCAGACUCUGGUCUACUUGCAGACCUACAAAGGAAUGCAUUCUCCUUAACUGGCCAGCCUCUUUGUCUGUAUGGUGACCCGGCUUACCCAUUAAGGAUACAUCUGCAGUGCCCUUUUAGAAAUGCAGUACUAACACCUCAAAUGCAGGAGUUUAAUGCUGCCAUGAGCGCUCUACGUAUAUCUGUUGAAUGGCUGUUCGGAGAUAUUAUUAAUUAUUUUAAGUUUCUUGAUUUCAAAAAUAAUUUAAAAGUUGGCCUAUCCUCAGUAGGAAAAAUGUACCUUGUUGGUGCUAUCAUAAGAAAUGCUCACACCUGCCUUUAUCACAAUCAGACUUCUGAUUUCUUUUCUGUGGAUCCACCAACACUUCAGGACUAUUUUGUGUAG